GUUAACUGCUUGAGCUGGGGUAGGACUAGCAGUCCCGCCCUGAACAGGGCUGAGGAUGGCUGCGCCCGGCUACUUCCCGCUGCUGGUCGAAGGGUCCUGGGGUCCCGAUCCCCCGAAGAGCUUGAUCACCAAGUUGCAGUUGUACUUCCAGAGCCAGAAGAGAUCGGGAGGCGGGGAGUGUGAGGUCCGACAGGAACCAGGCAGCCCGGCCCGCUUCCUAGUGCUCUUCCACCCGCUUGACGUUCGGCAGAAUGUUUUGAAGAGAGAGAACCAUGAAUUAGCAUUGCCAGGAAAAGGAACAUUUAAGUUAACGGUCAAGUUGCUUCCAGACCCAAAUGAAGUCCAUGAUGUCUGUAAGGAGAAAAUUCCAGCAAAGGAAUCCAAGGCCAAAGAACAUGCCAAAGAACCAGAUGCAUCAGAAGAUACAAAAAUCUCUCUCAACAAAAGAUCAGAAAAAAUGGAAGAUAUCCCAAAGGAAUGUGAAAAUAUUCCGUCUUUGGUUGCAUUUGAAAAUCUCAAAGCACAUGUGACUGAUAUAAUGCUAACCUUGUUGGUGGAGAACAUAAGUGGCCUGUCCAGUGCUGAUUUUGAAGUGGAAGUAAUACGAGAUUUUGAUGUUGGCGUAGUUACCUUUCAAAAAUACAUAGAUGCCAUGAAAUUUGUUGAAGAUUGUGUCAUGCACCAUUCAGUGACACGACUUCAGCUUUCUCCAAGACUUCUGGAAGCGACAAAAACAAUCAGGGUUGAAAACCUGCCACCUGGUGUUGAUGCCUAUAAUUUGAAAUGUUUAUUUGAAAAUCCUCAAAAUGGAGGGGGAAGAGUUGUCAGUAUUGAAUGUUUUCCUGAAGAGAGUUCAGCUCUGAUAGAAUUUUUUGACAGAAAAGUGUUAAACACCAUCAUGACCAAGAAGCUUGACCUCAAUAAUAUGCCGCUCUCCGUGUUCCCAUAUUAUACCUCCUUGGGCACAGCUCUGUAUGGAAAGGAGAAGCCUCUGAUCAAGCUUCCAGCACCAUUUAAAGAAUCUUUGGAUCUUUCUUUAUGGAAGUUCUUACACAAAAGGAAUCAUCUGAUUGAGGAGAUAAAUGAAGAAGUGAGACGUUCUCACUGUGAGCUAACAUGGUCCCCACUCAAUGGUGAAGUUACCAUUAGACCUGCAGCCACCUUAGUCAAUCAAGGAAGAAAAAGAAUCAAGAACUGGAAGAAAGAUGCUUCCAUAGCCUUCUUUGGCAUCAGGUCUAGAUUUAAAGUUACCCCAUUUAAAGUGGACCCAGUAGUGUGGGACAUCGUAAAAAAUGACAUAGAAGAUGAAAGAAUUUUGAUUGAGUUUGAUACAGACAUGGGGAUUGUAACCUUAGUGGGGAAAUCAGAGGAUGUACAAAACAUUGAGCCACAAAUCAAGGAAUUAAUAGAAAACGCCACUCAAAAAGUUAAAAGAGAAGAGCAAAGUCUGAAGGAGAAAGUGGCCAUGUCUCCAAGAAAGUAUUCUCUUUUGUGCCACAGCGGUGUGCAGGAGCAUCUCCGCAGGGAGUACCCAGAGAUGGAGAUUUUUUAUGACAGAGCCACCCAACACAUGUGCUUUAAAGGACUCGGUAUAGAUGUGUAUAAAGCAAAAAGUGAAGUCCAGGAAAAGGUGUUCAUCAUGGUUCAGAAAAGCAUUCAGCUCCCCCCUGAGGUUUUGCAGUUUUUGCAACAGGCUGACUGUUCAGAACUCUCCAAGUCUCUUUUGAUAGCACAGAAAAUUCUUGCAGUUUAUGAGCUAGAGGGCACAACUGUUUUCUUAACCGGCUGUUCUUCUGAAGUCCUCUUAGAAGCUGAGAAGCAAAUGGUCAAUUCCUUAAGUUAUAAGCGCAUAGACAUUGAGGACAGGGAAUUUCUUAACAGCAAGAGAUGGAAAGCCAUCACUAACAUUUUGUCAAAGAAACAUAAUUCCUCCUCAAAGACUGUAACGAUCAAUGAGUUAACUUCAGGAACCACAGCUGAGAUCCUUAUUGCAGGCUGUGUGAGAGAAGUAAAUGCAAUCUACCGCUUCCUUUCUGACUUUGUGGAAAAAAACAUGAAAAUAGAGAGAUUCCUUGAAGUAAAGCCUCCAUUAGUGAUUGAUUAUUUAAAGGCAGAGAAGAAGCUAUUCUUGCAAAAGAUAAAGAUGAACAAGCUAAAUGUUCAGGUAGAUUUCAGUGCUAGGAACAAACCAAAAGGCAUUUUACUAACUGGCUCAAAGGCCGAAGUCCUGGAGGGAAUGAACAUCCUCAAACAAGCCAGGGAUUCAGUUUGUGUUAAAAGCAUCAGUAUUGAUAAGCCAGGAGCCAACCAGUCCUUCCGGGAUAAACCAUGGUAUUAUAAACGUGAGGUACGGUCAUUUGGUUGUUUUGUGGAACUAUUGCAGAAUGAAGGAAAGAAGGAGGGAGGUGGCAGUGAUGGGCAGAAGGCCUCCUGUCGGACAGAAUUGGCCCCUGGAGUCUCGCUGAUUGUACAGCAAGGCGACUUGACACGGUUUCCUGUUGAAGUGGUGGUGAAUGCCGCAAAUGAGGACCUCCGUCUCAGUGGGGGCCUGGCUGCUGCUCUUUCAAAGGCAGCUGGCCCUGAGCUCCAAGCAGACUGUGACCGGAUAGUGAAGGAAAAGGGUAAGAUCGCAAUUGGCCAUGCCACCAUCUCAAAACCAGGAAAGCUCCCAUACCACCAGGUGAUCCAUGCAGUAGGACCCAAGUGGAACAGCAGUGAUGUUCUGGGGUGUGUGUUACAGUUAAAGAAUGCCGUGAAAAAAAGUCUCCAUUUGGCUGCUAAACGCCAGUACCAAUCCAUAGCCAUCCCUGCCAUUAGUUCUGGAGACGGUGGCUUUCCCUUAUCCCAGUGUGUGGAGGCCAUUGUUUUGGCCAUCAAGGAAUCCUUCCUGUAUAACUGGGCUGGAUGCACCUUGAAAGAGGUUUACCUUGUGGAUUUAGCUGAGAAGACUGUUGAGGCCUUUGCUGAAACUGUGAAAACUGUAUUUAAAAACAACAAGCCUGAUGCUGCUUCCCUGCCCAGUGUACCCGCAGGAGUCCAGCCGGGCCCGAGAAACACUGAUGGAAACAGAAAAAUGCUGCUGUGCCCAGGUGGUCUGAGGAUCCUGUUGGUGAAAGGAGAUGUGCAGAAUGCUAUGGCUGAUGUUGUCGUCAACUCCAUUCCUCGGGAGCUCAACCUUAAUAGUGGGCCCCUUUCUAAGGCCCUCUUGGCAAAAGCUGGGCCAAAUCUCCAGAAGGAAUUGAACGCAGCUGGACAAGGGAUAGCUGUUGACGUGGGCACGAUUCUUCAAACCACUGGUUGUAAUCUGCAAUGCAAUCAAGUGCUUCACGUGGUGCCUCCGAACUGGAACAAUAGCGACACAUCUUCACUCAAGAUCAUGCAAGACAUAAUCAGAAAAUGUUUGGAAAUGACUGAGAACUUGUCCUUAAACUCAAUUGCGUUUCCAGCCAUAGGAACAGGCAAUUUGGGGUUUCCUAAGACUGUUUUUGCUGAAUUGAUCAUUUCAGAAGUGUUCAAAUUUAGUAGCAACAGUCAACCAACAGCUUUACAAGAGGUUUGCUUUGUGCUACACCCGAGUGAUCAUGGAAAUAUUCAGGCAUUUUCAGAUGAAUUUGACAAAAUAGCUAAUGGAAAUUUCAUCAGUGACAAAAUUGCCAAGACUCAGAAUACACAAGGUUUGUAUGGGACUGUUACCAUCCCUGCUUCAGGAGUGCACGAAAUGAAAAUUGGCCCCAUCAUCUUCCAGGUGGCCACUGGAGAUAUUGCUAAAGAAGCGGCAGAUGUGAUUGUGAAUUCAACAACAAAGACAUUUGAUCACAAAGCAGGGGUCUCCAAAGCAAUUUUGGAAAAGGCUGGACAAACUGUGGAAAUAGAAUGUUCUCGCCUAGCAAAACAGCACAACGAUGGUUAUAUAAUUACUGGUGGUGGAUCUCUGAAGUGCAAGAAUAUUAUUCAUGUCGUUGGUGGAGCUGAUGUCAAGAGAUCAGUUACCUGUGUUUUGCAAGAGUGUGAAAAACGGAAUCACUCAACCAUUUGCCUCCCAGCCAUUGGGACAGGACAAGCUCAACAAGACACAGAUAAGGUUGCUGAAGCCAUGAUGGAUGCCAUUGAAGACUUUAUCCAGAAAGGACUAGUCCAGUCCGUGAAAAAAGUUAAAGUUGUUAUCUUUCAGCCUCAAAUAAUGGAUGUUUUUUGUGCCAACAUGAAAAAAAGAGAAGGUGCUCAGGCUCCCUCACAGUCUAUAAUGUCUAAAAUUGCAUCAUUUUUCGGCUUCUCAAAGCAACCUUCCCCCAAACAAAAGCUUUUGGUUUUGGAGAAGAAAACAGAAUCAGCAAUUUUUCAGGUGUGUGGUGAAAAUGAAACAUCUGUACAAAACGCCCUCUCCUGCCUACAGAAUCUGAUGGAAAAGGAACAGAGUCUUUACAGUAGUGAAGAGGAAUGUAUCAAAGACUUUGAUGAAAAGGAAUAUCAGGAAUUGAAUAAGCUGCAGAAGGACUUGAAUAUUUUGGUGGAACUGGACCAUCAGAAACCUUUGAUUAAGGUUUCAGGGAUUAGCAGAGAUGUGGAACAGGCUAGAAAUGCAGUUGAGGAGAUGAUCAAGACAGUUAGAUCAGCCAAAGAGCAGGAAUCCAGAGCAGAUUAUAUCACUGAGUUUGUAGAAUGGCAAUAUGAUGACAAUAACACUUUUCGUAGUUUUGACAAAAUGACCAAUAUGAAAUUGGAGGAGGCAAGAAAAAAACAGGGAAAAACAGUUGAUGUCCAAAUUAAUAAUCAGAACUACACAGUGGAUGUGAAAACAUGCAUUGCUACAGGUGCAAAUGGACACAGUUUACAAAUUCAGCGCAUUAUGAAACCUCAAGUUGAGAUCCCUGGACACUGGAGUGAUAUGAAGCAGCAGCGUGUCUGUCUGUUUGAGCUACAGCCUGGCCAACCAGAAUACAGCAAAGUGGCAGAUGCUUUCAAUCAGACCUGCUCACAAUUCAAGAUAGAGAAGAUUGAGAGAAUCCAGAAUCGAAGUCUCUGGCAGCACUACCAGACAAAGAAAAAAACCAUGGAUGACAAGAAUGGCCAUAUUCAAAAUGAGAAGCUGCUCUUCCAUGGGACAGAUGCUGACUCCUUGCCACAUGUCAAUCAACAUGGCUUUAACCGCAGUUAUGCAGGAAAGAAUGCUGUGGCAUACGGAAAGGGAACCUACUUUGCUGUCAGUGCCAGUUAUUCUGCCAAUGAUACUUACUCCAGACCAGAUGCAAAUGGGAAAAAGCAUAUGUAUUAUGUCCGUGUGCUUACUGGAUUAUACGAACGUGGAAACCAUUCAUUACUUGUGCCUCCUCCAAAGAAUCCUCAAAAUCCUCUUGACCUGUAUGAUACUGUCACAGAUAAUGUGAGCAAUCCAAGUUUAUUUGUGGUAUUUUAUGACUACCAGGCUUACCCAGAAUACCUCAUUACUUUUAAACAAUAACAUUUUGGUAUCCUUCACAGAAGACAUUAUUUAUCUAAUUACUUUUCAACAUUUUUCAACUCAUGGCACACAUAAACUAAUUACUAAAAUUCUGUGACACACCAAAAAAUAUAUUUUUUGCCAAUCUGACAGGAAAAAACCAACGGUAUGGUUUUGAUUCAUUCACAGCUAUUGUGCUGGCUCUUGUCAUUAAAAAUAUAUAUUUUUAUUCAUUUCAGAGAGGAAGGCAGAGGGAGAGAAACAUCAAUGAUGAGAGAGAAUCAUUGAUCGGCUGCCUCCUGCACGCCACACACUAGGGAUUGAACCUGCAACCUGGGCAUGUGCCCUGACCAGGAAUUGAACCGUGACCUCCUGGUUCAUAGGUUGAUGCUCAACCAUUGAGCCACACCGCCCGGGUGACUGUUGUCAUUUUUUUACUUGACAAUCUAAUGGAAACGAGAUCAGUGUCCCUGACUAGUCAGGUAUUGCAUGUUCUAAAAACUUUUGCGGCACACCAGUUCAAAAUUGCUAAUCUAUACUAUGUACAACAAGUUUUAGAUUUUUUUCUCUUAACCGCUUAUUCUAAGAUCAAAGGAUCCUUGUCACUGACAUCAGACUUUCUUCAGCUUCGCUUUCAUAACUGCAGCGACCUUUUCUUGAAAUCAAUAAAUUUGAGAAUUUAAAUUAGAUUAAUUUAGUUACAACUGUGUGUCCACAACCAUGGACAUCAAAUCUGUAGAUGAAAAGAACAGGUUUAUAUUUCUAGGAAAAAAAGGAAAGCCUUAAUCUUAAAAGCCAAGGGCACAGCUAUGCAAUUUUAGCUGCCACUAAGGGGACAGCUUUUACCAUGUCAGGAUGCCAUAUUACUGUGGGGAGCACAACAUACUGAGUGGACUGCUGUCUUCCCUAGGACAGAGAUGGUGUCUUAUUCAUUUUAUUUUAUCCCUGGACUGAGGCCUGCAUCUGAAGUCCAAUGGAUUUUCCAGAAAUGUUUCAUGAACCAAUUAAGAAUGAAAAGGUCCCUCCAGCCGGUUUGACUAAUGGAUAGAGGGUUAGCCUGCAGACCAAAGGGACAAAAUGUGCACCAAUAAAAAGGUGCACAUUCUAGUCAAGGUUUGAUUUAAGUCCAGGGCAUGUACCUUGGUUGCAGGCUCCUCCUCGGCCCAGGCUCUGGUUGGGUGAGGAUUAGCAAAAAAACAAACAAAUAAACAAAAAGACUGAAAAGGUCUAGUCAGACUCUUAUCCAAGUAGGAACCAUUUCUUCUACAUCCUUGAUUUUUUGUCAUGUUGCCUUAAAUUGAACAGAUUCCGUGAUAGGGAACUUCGUUUUUCAUGAGCCAGCCCAUGACGGACUCCAGUUGGGGCUCUGGAACUGCAGUGCAGCUGGGCUCUGCACAGCCCAGGGCUGUGGUCUGCCUUGUCGGGUAGAUGAAUCGUGUCCCCUGGACUUGUGCAGCACAGCAGCCCAGGCCCCAGUUGGUCCUUUUAAUGUUGAAUCCGAAUCUGCCUUCUUAUAACUUUUCAUUGGUGCACAUUUGGUCCCAGUGGAAAUGGUAGGAUAAUGCCUGCUACAUUUUCAGUGUGAAACCCUCUGUUAUGUUAAGAUGAAAUGAACUCUAAGAUGAUUAAAUGGCAUAUUUUCUUUGCAGCCUAGCUUUUGAUGAUUUAAAUCAAAUACACACAGCAAAGGAAUGAAAUAUAAUGCUAAUUUGCUAACUCAGUAUCUGUUGGACGGUAAAGGAAAGUUUCUUUCUUAACUUUUCCCUAGGUAAAUCUCAGGCUCAAACACUGCUUAUUGAGCACUUAGCUUGUACCAGACAGUAUAAUAGAUGCUUUCAUAUACAGUGCUAAUUGUAUUCCCGAAACAAUCCUGUGGGGUAAGAAUUAUAUCCCCAUUUUAAAGCUGAGGAAACUGAUGCUCAGAGUGCAAGCAGCUUCCUUGCCUGAGGUCGGUCACCUAGGUAACGGCCCUCAGAGCCAGCAGAAUCAGGUCCUGUGUCAUCAAGCCUCUGUUCUUCUCAUGACAGAACAUGGCUUCUAGAUGAAUGUUACGAAUCCAGGAACAUCUCAGCUAAUCUGUGAACCGCUUUUAUAUUUCCUCCCCUUUUCCUUCUGGCUCUGGUUCCUAUCCUAGUUUUCAUUUGAAGCUCUGUAGGCUGACGUCAGAGCUGAUGCUUAUGCAAAGCCUGUGCAGGUGGUGCACUCCGACACCAGGGGUCGCUCUUCCCUGGCUCAGGGAACAGCACCUGCCCUUCAAGUAGAGGUAGGUGGUUGAGAGGGCCACAGUGGCUGCCUCAUUAACAUAGACAACUUGACAUUUCUCUUGCUGUUGUUUGUUUUGUAAGGGGAUUGGGCACUGGCAUCUCAACUAGGGCUUGACCAUGAAUGUAAGAAAUCAAAAAGGAGAGGCCCGCUCUCUAUUGCUGUUCCUCCAGUGGUUUGGUUAACUUAGGGCAAGGCUGAAUAUCAGGUUGCAUUGAAUCAAGGUAUAAUGAUCCAGUCAGUAAAUGUUAAGUUAUCCCCAAUCAAGAGAAAUAUGUCAUUUUAUCUGCUUUUUGAAUAAAAGGCUUGGAAAAUGU